AUGGGAGAAGAUUUUUCCAAGGGAGUAGGACCGCAGGUCAGUGCUCUAAUUUCUCCUGAUGGACUUGUUGGGGCAGGGUUAGUAACCGAACUUGGAGAUCAUACACUUUAUCAAGGACAAAAGAGGUGGUGCUGGGCAAGGACUCAAGUCGAUGCUGAGCCACUUGGUGUUAGAUGGGCUCUGCAAAUGGCUGUCCAAAGUGUUAGUGACAGCUUUGUCACCAUAUUGGCCUUUCAAGGGGGGAAUAGGAUGCUCUGUACCUCUUCUAGAGGACCUGGUUGUGAGAUUGGAAUGCAGAAAUUAUUUAUACGUAACAUCAAAGAGAAGAAGCCGACGAUAAAUGAUUCUUACAGAAAGGAAGAUGCGCUUAAAGAAAUGGAUGAAAAUUCCGGUUGGGCUAAACGAUUUCUCACCGAAAAAGUUAUAGCUUUCCAGGCGAAGCCGUGGAAAUAUGAUGUAUUGCACAAAUUCCAGUAUGCAGGCUCAGCUUGGGAUGAACUCAAACACAUAAGACAGGCUGUUGGGUUCAUGGUUAUACAUCAGAAGUACAGAAUAUCAUACGACGAGAUCACCAAUGAUUUAUGCCCAAUUCUGAGUGUCCAGCAGUUGUACAGAAUAUGUACUUUAUACUGGGAUGAUAAAUAUAACACGAGAAGUGUGUCACCUGAAGUUAUAUCCAGUAUGAGGGUCCUAAUGACAGAGGAGUCGAGUAAUGCUGCCAGCAGCUCGUUUUUGUUGGAUGACAAUUCCAGCAUACCAUUCUCGAUAGAUGAACUUUCCAAUUCGAUAGACGUGAAGCCUGCCACAGACCUCUUCAAGAAUCCUGCCUUUGGAUUUUUACACAGCUAA